UCUCUGUGUUGGAGCAGUUGGAGAAAAGCUGCUCUCCCGCUGGCUGCUAUGACCGAGCUACCGGACGACACUUUCCGUUUUCAGCAGUGACCGCUACGUCUCAGACAGUUUUGUGACCAUUUUGGCCGGUAUACAUUAAAACCAAGCGUCGUUUAUGACUGCAGUCGCGCUACUUUUUAUUCGUAACUGCUGGCCUCUGAGGCUAGCUGGCUAGCGGAGCGGUGACAGAGUAGAGCCAGCUGGUCGGACAGGGGAACAGUAACGUUAGCAAACAAGCUAAUUAGCCAGAAAGACUGAGCCUGGAUUACUGUGUUUAAUCAAGAAAGAACACAGGUCUGCGGGUUCACCCACUGCUACAAAGAUGAAGAUAACUGUGGAUUUUGAGGAAUGUCUGAAAGACUCCCCACGAUUCAGAGCUACCAUAGAGGAAGUGGAGGGGGAUGUGUGCGAGUUGGAAUCAAAGCUCGACAAAUUGGUGAAGUUAUGUAUUGGGAUGAUUGAUGCUGGUAAAGCCUACAACGCAGCCAACAAGCAGUUUGUCAACGGGAUCCGGGAGCUUGCCCAGCAGUCCACCAAAGAUGAGGUCAUUGAGUCCAGUCUCACGAAGUUUGCAGAGAGCUUGCAGGAGAUGAUCAACUAUCACACGAUAUUAUUUGAUCAGGCCCAGAGAUCAAUCAAGACACAGCUGCAAACAUUUGUAAAAGAUGACCUACGUAAGUUCAAAGAAGCCAAGAAACAAUUUGACAAAGUGAGUGAGGAGAAGGAGGCAGCACUGAUCAAGAAUGCUCAGGCUCCCCGAAACAAGCAGCACGAGGUGGAGGAGGCCACCAACAUCCUCACUGCCACGCGCAAGUGCUUCCGACACAUCGUCCUAGACUACGUCUUACAGAUAAAUGUGCUACAGUCCAAGAGAAGAUCAGAAAUCCUGAAAUCUAUGCUAUCCUUCAUGUACGCCCAUCUGACGUUCUUCCACCAAGGUUAUGACCUCUUCAGUGAACUGCAGCCUCUUAUGAAACAGCUGGGAGGACAGUUGGACCAGCUGGUGGUUGAUGCUGCCAAAGAGAAGAGGGACAUGGAGCAGAAACACUCCACCAUCCAACAAAAGGCUGCUUUGCAGGAGGUGACAGAGCUUGACAUUUUACCAGACUGCCGCAGCUUUUGUGCCUGGAGGUCGACCUCUGAUUUCUCGAAUGACGACACCAAGCUGGAAUAUAAUGUGGAUGCAGACAAUGGCAUUGCAAUGGAAGGUUAUCUAUUUAAGAGGGCCAGUAAUGCCUUCAAGACAUGGAAUAGGCGUUGGUUCUCCAUCCAAAACAAUCAGCUAGUUUACCAGAAGAAAUUUAAGGAUAACCCUACAGUAGUGGUAGAAGAUCUGAGGCUAUGUACAGUCAAACACUGUGAGGACAUAGAGCGACGUUUCUGUUUCGAAGUAGUUUCACCCACCAAGAGCUGUAUGAUGCAGGCAGACUCGGAGAAGCUGCGACAGGCUUGGAUCAAAGCUGUCCAGAACAGCAUCGCCACCGCCUUCCGCGACAAGGGAGAUGACGGCGAGAAGCUGGACAGGAAGUCAUCAACAUCAACAGGGAGUCUGGAUUCUGGAGGGGAGCCAAAAGAAAGGUUACUGAAAGAAGAGAGUGCCCUGCAGAAGGUCCUGGCCAUCCCUGGCAAUGCCUGCUGCUGCGACUGUGGCCAGCCGGAUCCCCGCUGGGCCAGCAUUAAUCUGGGCAUCACCCUCUGUAUACAGUGCUCCGGCAUCCACAGGAGUCUGGGAGUGCAUUUCUCUAAGGUUCGGUCUUUGACUUUGGAUACUUGGGAGCCAGAACUGCUUAAGUUAAUGUGUGAACUGGGGAACAAAGAGAUCAACCAGAUUUAUGAAGCACGGCGUGAGGAGCUGGGAGCCAGAAAACCACAGCCAGGAGACCCCAGACAUGAGGUAGAGGCCUACAUCAAAGCCAAAUAUGUGGAUCGCCGGUUUGUCCGCCGGCCAUCUGACGAGGAGCUUAGAAACAAAGUGGUUUCUCUGAGCAAACAGGAAAAGAGGCUGAGCAGCAGUUCUGAGCAUCUGCCACCAAAACCACCUCCACCCACACCUAAACUUCGCCCUGGUUCUAAUGUCUCGGGACAGUCAGCUGCCGCCAGCGGCGCGGAGGCCCGCCGCGACUCUCUCUUCUGUCCCGACGAGCUUGACUCGCUCUUCUCCUACUUUGACACCUCCUACAAACUGAGGAGCAUGAAAAGUGCAGACAGUGGCAUUCAGAACAGUGCUGAUGGAAGCAGGGAGAUGCUGGCCACCACCCCUUCCAACAACAGCCUAGCGGAUGCAGAAGCUGCUGAGUCUCCACCCAUGCCCACCAAGCUCCCUCCACCAUCGCCCUGUAAGGAGAUGGUUUUCUAUGAACCCAAGGAGUACAGCCCGGGUCUACAGCUGUACUGGGCUUCAUGUGCCCGCAGCCUGCCGGACAUGGCAGAGGCACUCGCCCAUGGAGGUGAAGUCAACUGGGUCAACACAGAGGAGGAGAAGAGGACACCACUUAUCAUGGCGGUGCAGGGGGGCUCCCUGGUCACCUGUGAGUUUCUGCUCCAAAAUGCAGCAAAUGUGAACCAGCAGGACGCUCAGGGUCGAGGACCUCUGCACCACGCCACCAUGCUCGGACAUACAGGGCAAGUUUGUUUAUUCCUGAAAAGAGGAGCAAAUCAAAAUGCCGCUGACAUCAAUGAGAAAACACCCCUGAACAUAGCAGUGGAGGCAGCUAAUGCAGAUAUUGUCACAUUGUUGCGACUGGCCAAGAUGAACGAGGAGAUGCGGGAGGCGGAGGGGCCCUACAGUCAGUCAGGAGAUGAAACUUACCAGGACAUCUUCCAGGAUUUCACCCACAUGGCCUCUAAUGACCCAGACAAGCUGAACCGCUACCAGCAGUAUGACCCACAGAAACCCUGACACCCAAAACCCCUCAAAAAACCACCGUCCGCCGCAGUCAGACUGACUCCAUCUUCUCAGUAUGACACAUAGAGAUGACGUCUGUUUUCCCUUUAGCAUCAUUUAGAAACGCCUUUAAAGCCACCUGAAACCACCGAAGCUCCUUCUGUCAAGUGAAUGAGAAAACUCAACUUUUUUUUUUUUUUUUUUAUUUUUUUUUAUUUUAACUCUGCUUCCCCUCCCUAUAUCAGUAAGUGAAUGGUACCAUGUUGAAACCGUUGAAAGGGUGUGCAGGUUACAAGUCAGGUUGAAAACAGCCUGAAUGUAAAGCGGCCAUGUUAGAAUUUUUCACGUCAAGUUUCUUUUAAAUGUGUGAAGUGUGGUGCAUCAGAGCUGCAAAGACAAUAAUCGUAAAGACUCUUUAGUCUUUUUCUUGUUGGAUGCUCUUCACAGGCAUCAGCAUCUUUUUGUUAAAAAGUUUUACAUUAGAGACAUCUCUGCAGGUGUACACAUACUUCUACUUGCACAAAUCCAUUUGUGCCCAGUGGUUAUGAAA